AUCGGACUCGGAAUUAUAAACCGUAUAAAAAAAAAAAAACCGAAAUUUUGCUAUUUCAGUCAAAACAGGGUACCUUUUUCUAAGAAAAAAAAAUCUCAUCACUUCAAAGAUGGAUACCGUACUGGAAAUUUUGGACCCACUUGUGUUUGAUUCUAUUUACGCAAAGAUUCUCCCAGCACCCGUUUUGGCCAAUGCAACUUCCAGUGUAGCCAUCACUUCCGCAUUGUCUCGCGACAACGACUUCAGAAUCGCUCUGAGCAUCUUCACACUCGUCACUCUCGGCGGAUGGUUCUUCUACUUGGCUGCUGCUAGCUUUUCCUACUUUUUCUUGUUCGAUCAUGAAAUAAUGAAGCAUCCAAAGUUCUUGAAGAACCAAGUCAGUCUGGAAAUUGAUUGCGCUGUCAAGGCAGUUCCGGGCUUCGUUUUGUUCACUGUCCCAUGGUUCUGGGGUGAAGUCAAGGGUUAUUCCAAGCUUUAUAGUGACCCCCAAGCCUAUGGAGGUAUCCCCUAUAUGCUUUUCAGCAUUGUUGCCUUCCUUGUGUUUACCGAUUUUGGCAUCUACUGGAUCCAUCGUUGGCUCCACCAUCCUGUUCUUUACAAGCGUCUUCACAAGCCCCAUCACAAAUGGAUCGUCCCGACUCCUUUCGCUUCCCAUGCUUUCCAUCCUCUUGAUGGUUAUGCGCAAUCGGUUCCAUACCAUUUGUUUGUAUACGUUGUUCCCAUGCAAAAGUGGCUCUAUAUCGCCGUUUUCAUGUUCGUCAACGUCUGGACAGUCAUGAUUCAUGAUGGCAACUAUAUGCUUCGUUCCAAGAUCAUUAACUCCAGCGCUCAUCAUUCUGUCCAUCAUUUGUACUUUAACUACAACUAUGGUCAAUACUUCACCUUCUGGGAUCGUGCAUUUGGAUCCCACCGUCAACCCACUGAAGAGCAAUACAAUAGCAUGCUCCGCAACGAUCAAAAGGUGUGGGCCAAGCAAGCUGUUGAUGCUGAAAACAUUGAGAAGGAAAGUUUGCAGGCCAACAAGGUGAAGGCCAAUUAAGCAUUACCAAGAAAUCAUUUCUAUUCCAUUUUUGUGAUCUACAUCGUACUCAUUAAUAUCCCAUAUUCCGAUUUAUUUAUCAUAUGUUGGCUGCGGCUACACAUGACUUACACUCCCCACUCGUCUGAACGAUACCAACCGCCGUAAG